AUGGGCUCGAUAGCGUCCAAGAACAACCCUGAAGGUGGUAAGUGUAUUGUAUGUGUAGCUGAAUUUUCCGGGCAGCGGAUACUCGUUUUUCUAAUCAUUUUCUCCUUUCAGACUGUGCUUGAACUUCUGCCACUGUCUAAUCUACACCUAUUUAUUCCACUUUCGAUUUUCCCUUUAGUAUUAUUAUCAGUAUUUCUGUCUUCAGACUCUUAUUAAUGUGGCUGUUUACAUACGUAUAUUAUGGCUUACUAUCAUACUCGUAACUCAUCCAUUUCAUUUCUAAUAUUUACCUAUUUUUGAUUUUAACAUAAUUUAGACAGGUGCUUUAAUUUUGGAAAAACCCAUAUUGUUAUGAUACUGGCUUGUUAUAAUGCAAAUGAAGUUAAUGUCUAAUGGUAACUGAUUUCAUGGAAUAAUUUGAGUAUAUGAAAAAAAAAAAACGUUUUUCUAAAUACCAAUCAUAACUUAAGAAAACAUUAAAAGUGAUAUAAUUUAUAAUAAGUAUAUACCCACAUACAGUUUAACAUAGAUUAAAAACAAAUUAAAAUGUUAGCAUGUAAGUUUAGAAUAAAUUAGUAACACCUUUUGUUGUUUUCUAAUCACGGGUCAGAGAGUAUUUUUCCAUACAAAAUGUAAUUGUAUUUUUUUUAAUAUAUUCAUAAUGCUUUUGCGUCAUUGCGUACAUUUAUGUUAAUACAGUUUAACUUUUUUAAAUGGGUAGGUGUCAGGUAUCUUAUGAAUAGUGAGAACCUAGGUAGUUACCAUUCAUUCAACCUAUUUAGGUUUUUACAAUUAAUUAUAUAACUCAGUAAUUGUAUUAAUACAAAUUGUGAAAAACUAUGGUUGACGAACUUUGACUUUGGUAUUAUAUUAUUAUCCUGCAUAUAGUACUUUAAUUGCACCUAAUGGUAUAUAUUUACAUUUAUUAUAGUAGUUCAAUAAAAUCAUAAUAUAAUAACUUAUAAUAAUAUUAUUACGUGACUAAUUAUUUAUAAUUGUUUGUUUCAAAUAGACACUAACUUAUUGAUAAAUUUAACCUUUGUUAUUUUAUUGCCAUACAAUUUAUAGUUGUUUUUUUUAAUCAUAUACAUUUUUAUUAUAUAAUAUAAAAAAUCUAUUUCGAUAAUAAUAGGUAGAUAGUAAAACAGUCAAGAGAGCAAAUUUGUAUUUAUUUUCAUUAAGUAAUGUACGUAUAGUUAAAAUCAUUGUGGUUUUAAUGAUAAUGAAAUAUAAAAAAUUUAUAAUUGGAAAGAUACAAUAAAAGUAUUUUUAUAUAUCUAUCACCUACCUAUAAUUUUUGCUUCACCUACAAUUUUUAGUUGAUUUAUUUUUUGAAUUUUAUUUUCAUUCCAAUACCCAGAAUAGGUAUAUUAUGCUUUAAACAUCGUGUAAUGACUAAAAUAAUUGAUUUUGAAAAUUCCUCAUUUAAAUGACACCUGUCGUCAAAUAUAUAUUUCUAUAGGUAUUUAAGGAAGUAAAUUUGCAUUCAAAGUACAUUUAAACUAACUAGAUACCUACCUGCCUACUUGUAAACUAUUUGAAAUUUUGAAAUGAACUUCCCAAAACAAAUUGAUGGGAAAGGUUUUGAGUUUUAAGUUCUUAUAACUUGUAAAGAAAAUUACUGAUUAUGGUUUUCAACAAUAUAAUUUCUGAAGUACCUAACUAAAACAAGUAUUUCACAAAUGUUUAGCUAAUGUUUUUUUUCAAUUACGCACCCUAGGAAACCAUAGUAUAAUACAUUUUUUAUAAGUACGUAAAAUGUAUAUAAUUGAAUAGAAUUUAGGUAUUUUAUUGAAAUUUUCUUCUUUUUAAAUUCUAUUGAAAACAUUCAUUCAUUCAAAUAUAUAUUUAUCCACGUUUCAAUAUUAUAACAUGAACUUUUUUUUGUGAAAUAAUAAGAUUAUAUAAUAAUUUUUAGUAUGAUAUUACUUUAUGUGAAGGUCAUUAAUAAAGUAUAAAAUUUUUUUUUGAAUAAAGUGAUGCAAUAACUAGUUACCUACUCAUUCCACUAUAGACUAGAUAUUCAUCAUGUUAGGUGUAUUUGGGUAUUUUUUUUUUUCCCAGUGCCUAUCUAUUAUUUUUUUGAAUUAAAAAUGAAUGUAUUCUUUCAUAAAUAAUAACAAUAACAUAAAUAUUAAAUAAUAAAAAAAAAAUAUAAGUGCAUAUGCAUUAUGCAAUGCAUAAUUUCCAUUUUAUAUUAGUUUUUUAAAUUGUCAAUAUUUUUUUUAUCAUUUAUAUACAUAAUGUAAUCUGUUAAGUAACUGAAUAUACGUUCUUAGCAUUUGAUUUCAAACACUACUAUGUUACUAUUAACAGGCAUAUUUAAUGUAAUGGUUAAUGAAGACUGAUUUGAUAUUAUUAAAAGGAAAAAAAUUACAAUAGUCAAUUAAAUGUUAAACUGUCUUGAUAUUUGUGGCGAGUGAAGCUAAUAUAAGAAUUAAAAUUUUCAAAAACACUAUUAUAUUCAAUUACAAGAUAGAAAAUAGUAGGUUAUUUUUAAAUUGAUUCUGAAUGGAAUUUAAUAUAAAACAAAUGUUUGAGUAUUUUAAUACAUUUUAUCUUAAAUGUGAAUACAAAAUAUUAACAAAAAAAAAAAAAACCUAUAGCAUUAUGCUCAGCCUUUUUUUUUUGUAAACUGGUAAAAAGUGUAACUUAUAAUGAAUCUUAAAAAAAAAUUGUUCAGAAUUUUUACUAAGCUAAUAACAUGUUAUCAAUAUGAAGUCUAGUGAAGGGAGUGCGAAAAAAUUGAAUGGUACAAAACUGGACCGUAAAAAUCUGGACAGUACAAAAAUAGAAUAUAAAAUUGUAUAACUCAGAAAUACAUGAACAUUUAACAUAAGGUUUUUUAUUAGUUGUACUUGUGAGGGUUUUUUUUAAAUAUUAAAUUCCAGAUUUGUACCGUCCAAGUUUUUACUUGGACCCCUAGAGAAACUGGAAAAUGUCAAAUAACUAUAAAUAAUAAUUAAUAAACUGUGCCAGAAUAUAUUGAAAAUUGUAGGUACCAUGUUAAGAAAUUACCAUUAUAUUUCUGUACAAAAUGUCAUAUCUCUAAAAUUAUUUUAUUUUAUGGCAUUUAUAUUUUAAUGAAGCUUUCUCCAGAACUGUAAACUUAAGUAACAGUGUCGGACCCAUGGAUUAUUAACUAAUGUUUCUAAGAUGUUAUUUGCAUUUUGCUGUCUACAAAAGAUCUAAAGUUGUUAGAAACAUUUAUGUUAUCAACUAGUUUGUUAACACAUUACCUCAGUCUUGAUAUGGCCUCAAAAUUAAUUUUUAUUCUACCAUUAUACAUACAAAUUAUAUUACCUAUGCCAUUAUAACAGUUGGUGAUAUGGUAAUAACAAACUUUAUGCAUGAAUAAUUAACAUUUAAAAUUAGUCUUUGCUUGUUGUUGAAAUGAUAAAAAUAUACAUAUUUAUUUAUAUUAUGUUACCUACCUAUAUUAUUUUUCACAUUUUUGUAAUUUCUUAGGGUUGUAUAUUAUAAACAUAAUUUCUCAAAGAUUUUUCAUCCUAAUAACAAAUAACAUUCAUUGUGAUGUAUAUAUGUAUAUAAUUAUACUAUUUAUAUAAUAUGUAAAUAAAUAAAAUAACUGGACAAAUUAUUGAUUUGCGGUAUAUAUUUGUAAUGUAAAACUUUCUGUUUAAAGUGCUUUUUUAUCAUAGUAAAUUCGUUCAUAUUUAUGAUUUAAAAAAAAAUAAGGUAUACCUAUUCAUUUUUUUGUGCAUGGUUUCAGGCUAUUAAUCCGGUAUAUCAUACAGGGAUUGAUUGUUAUUUAGUCUCGAAGACUAGUAUUUAGAAGUAGUAUACGUUCCCAAUAGCGUGCGUUUUGCAGAACAAUGUCGGGUGUGUUUGUUUAAAUUUAUUGUAUUUUUAUCAUUUGCUUGUAAUGUUGGUAAUGUUUUUUUUUUUUUUUUUUGUGUAUACAUAAAUACACUUUAUUUAUUAGUAUAUAAAUAUAUUUAUUUGUAUUUUAUAGGUACAUACAUAUUACCAGUUUUAUAUGCCGUAUGUAUAAUUUGAUGUGCCUAUUUUCAGGUGCCAGUGAUGAUAUUAUCGAACAAAUUGUGUGUAAAGAAAGUGAUAUACCUGAUAAUGGGUAAUUUGUUGCUAAGUAUAUUAUAGUUACUUACAUACUGGUUUUAUGAAAAAAAAAAUAACUUUCUUUUCAAUAAUUCUGUUUUAAAUACUAGAAUGAAAGAAUUUGAGAUUGGAAAAAAUGGUAAUAAAGUUUUAGUUAUCAAACAAAAAAAUGAGUUUUUCUCUGUUGGUGCGAAGUGUUCACAUUAUGGAGCACCUUUAGUCAAAGGUACUCUAGGGGAUGGCACAGUAAGAUGUCCUUGGCAUGGCGCUUGUUUCAAUUUAAAAACAGGUAAAAUCCAAGUUCUUAUCCGAUAUAAAUUGAAAGAUGUUCAAUACAUUUUUUUCUCAUGCAGGUGAUAUUGAGGAUUUUCCUGGUUUGGACAGUAUUCCAAGUUAUAAUGUAACUGUUGUAAAUGGCAAUGUUAAAGUAUCAGCUAAAAAGGGUGCACUUGAAAAUUCAAAACUUGUGAAAUUAUUAACUAAACGAAAUCCAGAAGACAAGCGUACAUUCAUUGUUAUUGGAAGCGGUAGCUGAGUUAUUUUGUUAAUAAUUAUACUAAAUUUUAAUGUUGAAUAAUUGCUAUAGGACCUGCUGGUACAAAAUGUGCAGAGACUUUAAGGCAAGAAGGAUAUGACGGUCGCUUGGUAUUAAUCACAAAAGAAAAUUACUUACCAUAUGAUCGUACAAAACUUAGUAAAGCCUUGAAUUCUGAUGCAAGUAGCCUACUGUUACGUUCCCAACAGUUUUAUGAUGUAAGCUAUUUUUGUUAAAAUAAGAUUAUUACAAAUUAUUUCUUUUAAAACUUCUUAAAUAUUUUUUUUUAAUCAUUUAUUAGGAUAAUUUCUUAGUAUUGAAUUAUUUUAAUAUUACCUAGUUUCAUUUUAAAAUAAGUAAACUAAUUAAUACUUUGGGAAAGAGACUAUAAACAUUUUAAGGAUUUGUUUUUCUGCUUAUUAUAAAAUAAAAUUGCACAAUAUGCAAUAACUUUCAUAUUAUAUAUUUAUGAUCUAACAUAUUAUAACGAUGUAUUGAUUUGAAAUGUUCAUAUUAGUCAUAAUUUUCUCAAGCACUUAAAAAUAGAAUUCACUUUUAAUACUCUAAAACAAUCAAAAUAGAAUCUGCUGGGAAAACUAGAUGUGUGUAUGUUCUUAAAAACGUUUUCAGGUUUUACUAUAUAUUCUGAUGCCAUUAUAUUAAAACAUUACAUAAUUAUUAAUUUAUGAUGCAAUAUAAUUUAGAUUAACUCUGAAUUUAUUUAAAAAAUGUACAAUAUUAUAUCAAAUAUUAGAUUAAAUGUAUUUUUGUAAGCCAUUUUUGAGUUAAAUAAUUCAAUAAAAAGUGUUUUUAAAUAAAUUUCAGUAUACUAUUAUUUUAUCAAAAGAUGAUUUGUUUAACGCCAGUAAUUAAAAAUUUAUUAUUUACAUUUCAAAAUGACCUCAAUUUAUUCAACUUUUGUAAUAAAUAGUACAGUAAAACUUCCAUAUAAUGGUCACCAAAGGGACCGGAAAUAAUUACCGCUAUUUAUAGAUGUCUUAUAAAGGCAUAACACUUAACAAGACCAAAAAAAAUUACAGUCUUUUAAAAGUGACCGUUAACGAAGUUUUACUAUAUUACUUAUUUCAUAUUUAUAAAAUUGUUUGAAAAAAUAAAUUUCUUAAUUACUUUAUAAAAUAACAGUUACAAUGAUACAUUUAAAUAAGUAGUUUUUGAGACGUUUAAUGUAAAAUCUGGAUAUAAAUAAAAUAAGUUUAGUUAUUACUGAAAUAUUUCGUAAAAAAAAAAAACAAUGAUUUAUAAAAGCGUGUUCUAGCUUGGUUAACUAGUUAUAUGUUUCAACUAAUUGAUUUUAUUGACAGAUUUCAGUAGUAUUUAUCUAAAAUUUAUUAUGAUUUAUGUAUUAAAUAUAAAAUAUAGUAUUAUACAUUAUAUUUCUUAUCGUAAACAUUAAGUUUAAACAUUUUGUUUCAACAUUUAUUAAACAUAAUGACAUAUAACAUGAUUAAUUUGUUUUUAGUCUGGAGAUAUUGAAGUUCUGACUAAAACUAGUGUAGAAUGUAUUGAUACGAAUAAAAAAAUUAUAAAUCUAUCAAACAAUGAACAAUUAUCAUUUGAUGCUAUGUUUAUUGCCAGUGGAAUGGCGUAAGUAUUAACUAUUUUUUUGGUUUAUGGUGUAGAGUUAAAAAUGAUUAAAUGAAUGUUUAUAUUUAGACCUCGUACUACGCCAGAAGUUUCCAAAUAUGAAAAUGUUUUUACACUACGUACAGUAGAUGACGCUAACAAAAUUUCUCAAAGUUUGUCAUCCGAUUGUCAUCUAGUGGUUAUUGGAUCAUCAUUCAUAGGUAUACAAUUAAAACUAAUUUAUAUUAUUCCCAUUAUUGUGAUAAAAACAAUUAUUACAUUAAUAAUAUUAUUUUUAGGCAUGGAAGUAGCGGCAUCAGCUAUUUCUAAAGUAAAAUCAGUUCACGUAAUCGGACGUAGUGAAGUACCUUUUAAAGAAAGUUUAGGAAAAGAAAUGGGUGAACGGGUACAAGAAUUGUUUGAAUCCAAAGGCGUAGUAUUUCAUAUGAAAGCAAGUGUGAAAAAUUACAUUAGCUACAAUAAUCGACUUUCUGAAGUAGAACUAUCUGAUGGCCAAAAAUUAAAAACAGACGUUUGUCUUAUGGCAACUGGAUCAAAAACUAAUAUUGAAUUUUUAGCUGGUUCUUCUAUUGUUAUUAAUUCUAAUGGUACAAUUGAAGUUGAUGAGGUUUGUAAUUUGGUUUAAUAUUCUCUGUGUAAUUGACAUUUUUUGACAAAUAUAUUUUAAUAUUUUAAAGAAUUUAGAAACAAAUGUAAAAGGUAUUUUUGCUGGUGGUGAUGUCGCAAACGCUCCCAUUUAUCAUUAUAACACAAAAGCAUCUUUGGGCCAUUGGCAGUUGGCUACUUACCAUGGAAAGAUUGCUGCAUUACAAAUGCUUCAAAAAAAAACACCCAUUAAAUCUGUGCCAUUUUUCUGGACAGCAUUAUUUGGCAUUAGUAUACGAUUUGCUGGUUUGUUUGUGUUUUUUAUUUAGUUUAUCAUUAAUAAAAACGUAUUUACAAGUAUGUUUUGUAGGAUUUAGCCACGGUUACACUGAUGUUUUGGUUAAUGGAGAUCUGGAAAACUUGAAAGUAAUUUUAUAUUAUUGCAAAGGAAAUAAUGUAGUGGCAAUAGCUACAGUUGGAAGUGAUCCGGUCGCUGCUCAAUUUGCUGAACUAUUAAUAAGUGGCAGAACAUUAACCAAAGAUCAAGCUAUUGAUAAUAAAUGGUUAACAGAAGAAGAAGAUACAGUUGUAUGCACCAGACUAUGA